AUGCCAGCCUUCACGAAGCCUCCCAAAUCCCAUUUAAUGACCUAUAGAAUCGGUCGAGGAGAGCAAGGCGUCCUAACAUAUGAGCCUUACAAAUCCUAUCUCCUUCCCCACUGGCGCUUUCGCACCGUGCCCAUUGCUCAAGCUUCGUCCGAGACGCUCUGGAAUAAGUUCCUUGAAUUCUACGAACAGAAUGAUUUCGUUGGUAUGGACAUGGCCAGAAAGUUCAUCCAGAUGGGGAUGACCAGAUCAAAACGGUAUGCGAAUUACAAAGGAGGGAGGAAGUAUGUUGAUGGGAGGGGGAAGGGGAAUAUGAUAGAGAAGAGUAAGGGUCAUGAUGGGGAAAAAGAGAAGGAAAAGGCGAGUGGGAUUUUCAAGGAAGUGUGGGAAAGAUGCAGACACCAUCAAGGGUAUCAGGAGAUGAAGAAAGAGUUUCUGAGAGUGCAGAAAGAAUGGUUGAAGACGGAGGGGCGAGUCAAGCCAGAAGAUCAGGAAGUGGAGAGGAUGCCGAAGAAACGAAAUAAUAGUCGGAUCAAGGUUGAAGACGCAAACGAGACGGGGGUGGCGCUCCAAGGAAGAGACUCAAGGUCGAACCUGACUGAAAGAGCUUCAUUAUCCUAGUAUAAUGAACGCCAUGCCACGCCAUCUAGAAAAGCCAUAAUCCUAUCCCCUUCAAUCCUUCGACUCGGGGUUUUCGUCCGAUAUGGAAUGGAUCUGGAAAUGUCAGAUUGGACUCCUUCACGGCCUGGAAAACAUACCUGCUCAGAGAGAGCAAUCCACUCCUCAAUGCCCCUCACAUAUGGAUCCGUAACAUCAUCCGGUAGCGCCUCAUGUCCC